AUGAGACCUGCUUCAAAGUUCCAUGCCUUUCAUGAGCAUUCAAAGAAGAUUGAGAUCAAUGGUCCACGUCCUUCCCCAUUGAUGAUCAACAAAGACUCUCAUUUGAUUCGAAAGCCUUCUUCAUCUUCAACAUCUAUUGUUAAUGCAUUGACCAAGCCACACAAACAGCAAAGGAAACCCAUCAUCAUCUACACACAUUCACCAAAGAUUAUUCACACCAAGCCCCGAGAUUUCAUGGCCUUGGUUCAAAGACUAACCGGCAUGGCACACUCCAAGGAAGAAGUGUUUCAUGCCACUGCUUUACCGGUUCAACAUCAGCCACAACUUGAGGCCUCUGAGAAUUUUGGGUCAUCUUUGUCUGAUGGGUCCAAUAGCAGUAUCAAGCAACAGGAGAAGGAACAGAAAUGGAAGCAUGGUUCUUGGGGUGGUGAUGAAACAAGCUCAUCUCUUAGGGAUGUUGAAACUUGUGUUAAGGAAGAGCCUUAUGUUCAACAUAGUCAUUCUAUUAUGGGUUUUGCUGAUAUGCCUCUUUUCACCCCAAAUUCCUCAGAUUUUGUUUGCUCAUCUCUGUCGGUGUAUAAAUAUUCCAAUUCGCCAAAUGGGAUUUUGGGUAGUUUGUUAUCUCCUUCUGGAUUGGAAUUCAUGAAAGAACUGCCUGAAUAUUAA